UCCAAUCUCAGUGACAUCAUCAGCGAGGUGAAGGUUUGGAGAGACGCCUGUUUUCCUCCUCCAGGAUAAAACCAUGAGGUGCAGUCUGCGGAGACGCUUACAGUCCCCUCCUGCAGGAGCUCCGUACAGCUGAUCCAGCAGAGAAACAGCACUCGAUCCUGCCAAAGCGACAUACGGCGCAGCUUCCUUGCGAUAUGUUGGGCAACAGAAAGAAAGCAGCCCAGGUGGUGAAGAAUGGAGCCGGGACGUCCGAGUCUAAGGCCAUAGAUCCCUUCAGGAAUCUGGGGGUGCAGGAUGAUGAAGAUGUGAAGCGGAUGUUGCAGGGAUCCAGUAUGGUAAAGGUCCGCUCGCCUCGCUGGCAGAAGCGACGAACACUAAAGCUGUUGGAAGAUGGUGUCACUGUCUGGUGUCAGUCCCACAAAACAUCCAGCCGGGCCAAGGAGCAACAGUCCUUCUCUGUCAUGGAAGUGGAGUGCGUUCGUGAGGGUUGCCAGUCAGAGAUCUUGCGGCAGAUGGUUGGCUCAGUACCCGAGGACCGGUGUUUGACGGUGGUCUUCAAAGGGCCCCGCAAGAGCCUGGAUCUCCUCUGCCAGAGUCAGGAAGAGGCUCAGCACUGGAUCCGUGGCAUCCGAACAUUGCAGGAGAGGGUAGACAACAUGACCCAGAAGGAGAAACUUGAUCACUGGAUUCAUGCUUACCUGAGUCGAGCUGACCAGAAUCAUGAUGAUAAAAUGAGCUACGACGAAAUCCGGACACUGCUGCAGAUGAUCAAUAUUGACCUGAGUGACCAGUAUGCGCGAAGCCUCUUCCAGAAAUGUGACCAGUCAGCUGACGGUCGUCUGGACCACAGCGAGAUUGAAGUGUUCUGCAGGGAGUUGUUACGGAGACCAGAACUGGAUGCUGUGUUUAUCCGCUACUCUGCAAAUGGCUGUGUACUUUCCACUGUGGACCUGAGGGAUUUCUUAAAGGACCAGGGGGAGGAUGCUUCACUCAUCCAUGCCCAAAGCCUCAUACUCACCUAUGAACUUAAUGAGUGGGCCCAGAAGAACCAGUUCAUGACCCCCAAUGGUUUCACCAUGUACAUGCUCUCGAAGGAGAACUGUGUAUUUAACCCAGAACAUGCCAGGGUUUAUCAAGACAUGAAACAACCACUGGCACACUACUUCAUCUCCUCCUCCCACAACACCUACCUCACGAAGGACCAGCUGACUGGGGACAGCAGCACAGAGCCAUACAUCCGAGCCCUGAAUCACGGCUGCCGCUGUGUGGAGCUGGACUGUUGGGACGGAGAUAAAGGAGAGCCAGUCAUCUAUCAUGGACACACACUCACCUCCAAAGUGCCCUUUGUUGAAGUCAUUGAGACUAUCAAUGAAUAUGCUUUUAAAGCAUCUCCUUACCCCCUGAUCCUGUCCUUGGAGAACCACUGCUCCGUGGAGCAGCAGACAGUAAUGGCUCAACACUUGCGAUCCAUCCUGGGAGACAAGUUGCUCACUAAAGCACUCAGUGAUUUGGAUCCUCAAACCCUUCCUUCUCCAGAGGAUCUUAAGUAUAAAAUCCUGGUGAAGGGGAAGAGGGAACGUGUGAUAGAGGAGCACUUGUCCAGCUCUUCAGACCUCAGCUCCUCAGAGGAGGAGGCCAGCCGCUCAGAUGGCAAACCCAAGAUAAAGAAAGAGGAUAAGAUGCCAGGUGUGUCUAAGCUGAGUCCGGAGCUGUCAGGGCUGGUGGUGUACACCCACAGUGUUCCCUUUAAAAGCUUUGAACAAUCAGCCAAAAGCCCAGCAACUGACAUGUCCUCUUUCUCUGAAAGUGAAGCACUCAGGCACAUCAAGGACUCAGGGAUACAUUUUGUUCGUCACAACAGCCACCAGCUCAGCAGGAUCUACCCCUCAGGCCAGCGCCUCCAGUCCUCCAACUACAACCCACAGGAGAUGUGGAACGGAGGCUGUCAGAUUGUUGCUUUGAAUUUCCAGACACCCGGUGAGCAGAUGGACCUAAACCAGGGCAGGUUCCUGCAGAAUGGUGAGUGCGGGUACGUCCUGAAGCCGCCUUUCAUGUGCCGGCCUGAUAUCAGCUUCAACCCAGAGAAUGUUGGUGGAGGUCCUGGCCACAGACCUGUCCUACUCACCGUCCGGGUUAUUUCAGCUCAGCAGCUGCCUAAACCAGAAUGGGACAAGCCAAGCUCCAUUGUGGACCCUCAGGUGUGGGUGGAGAUACAUGGCGCUCCCAUAGACAACAAUAAGAAGAAAACUCAUCAUGUUGACAACAAUGGCUUCAACCCACGGUGGGACUGUACCUUCAACUUUACCGUCCAUGUCCCUGACCUGGCUCUGGUUCGCUUCAUGGUGGAGGACCAUGACUAUACGUCAAGCAAUGAUUUCCUAGGACAAUUCACCCUGCCUUUCACAAGUCUCCGAACAGGAUACCGUCAUGUCCAACUGCUUAAGCUGGAUGGCUCCAGCCUUUCGCCCUCCUCGCUCUUCGUCCAUGUUAAGAUCACCCCAUGCCAGAGCAGUCCCUCAAAAUCCUCAACUAAAUCACCAGCCAGGUCUUCAGCCAAGAAGUCCUAACCCUAUCUCUGCUCCAUAGCAUAACAUGAAGCAUGGAAGCUACCACUGGAAGAUCCCAGGACAUAUCUUCCUGGAUCCAGGUGAUAAAAGUUCUGGGCUCCAGUUCAUAAAACUUAAUGGUUAUAAAAUUGAAAUUCUUGCAAACAUCUCAGGAUUCGACCUGUCUGUAUUUUAUGAUAACAGCAGUGAAGCUGACCAGUAUUUCAGAUUUAUAAAGAAGAAAGAAAACAUUGCUCUGCAAAGCUCAUAGCAGAAUAUGCUAACCAUGCUGGUGAGCUUCGUGGUUAAAACAAACAAUUUAGAAAAUAAACAAACAAUACAACUGGAGAAACAAUCAGGGAGGUGAAUACCAUCAGCGACAAACCAAAUGUCAGUUUUGGCUGUGGUUGGCAGGUCAAACUGCAUGCAUUCCCUCAAACAAAAUUCCACCAGUCACUGUGACAUGUGGAUGCUUGAAGCCAGAACUUUAAUCCCUCGUUUGAUGAAGGGUUGAUUCUCUGAGCAGGACUCAAGAAUUUAACAACCCAGCCUGCAGACAUCUUCAUAAUGUGUAUGGAUGCAUAAGACCAUGAGCAACUGUUGGUGCUAGAUUUUGUCUCCACAUUGUCAACAUAUAAAACUCCUUGCUGGCCUCUCAAACUCCCCUGCUUUCUUUAGGAUGGGUUUUUGUUUUGUUUUUUUAAAUUACAAGUAACUUAUUUUAGUGUCUAUUUUAUUUGAGUGCUGAGGCGAGAUGAGGAAUGCCUGCUGGUAUGUGAUUUGAACAUCAUUUGGGUGGAGUAGAAAGCCUUCAUCCCAAAUGGUGAUGUCAUUGUGAGGUGAUCCUUUCCUAAUGUGACCUACUGUAAGAGACAAAAUCCAGAGUCAUCAUUUUUCAUUUAAACUGAAGUUAAUUUGUGGCUUUUGGAGCCUGGAGGCACUAGUAUGCUUCAAACUGAGUGCUGGUGGGACAUAUAUAAAACAAAAUCCAGAAAGGAAUAAUCAAAGCAGCCAAUGACUGUACCAACAUAUACAUGGAAUAUACAAGUACUGUAUUAAGAUAUGUGGUAAAAUAUACUAUAUAUACUAAUAUUCCAAUUUCAAAGAUCACCCUCAGAACCCAGGUUACGGAGGUUCUCAGAGCGCAUGUUCGUGAUUUACUGAAGAUUUGCAUGUACUCGCAGUUGGUCAGAUUUCUCUCCUACCCUGACCUUAAUUUAAAACCAAAACAAGGCUGCCUGUAUAUAAGAUAAGAUAAGACAACCAAAAUAAGCAGUGGUGGAGUGUGGGAACGCUUCAUAAAUACAGAUAUUAUUUUUACAUGAACCUGAUAAAUCUGAUAAAUGUCUUCUCUGUUCAGCUGAAAGUUUGAACUUUGGCUUGUCACAUGCGAGGUUUGUGAAUUUAAGGAAUAAUCCGAUGUUCCGCUGUAACCAGUUUGACUUCUAGUGGCUCCAUUAAGUCAGUUUCAGUUUAAAUUGAUUUUUUGAAGUACAAUGAUGUCUCACUUUGUGUAACUACAAUACCUGUCUCUUCAUCCAUCCACUCUGCUGUUUCCCUGUCUGUAAAUAGCUUAUUGGAAACCUGGUUCCGUGUAUACGUGACAGAGAAGUUGUCCUUCUCCAGGAGAUAGUUUUCCAAUCCAGGUUUCUCUAAUCUCCAAGAAUGAAUCUCCACAUACGUAAAGAUUGAAGAACUUCUAUUUCAAAUGUGCGUGAGGGAUCAGCACAUCUUACUACAGCUGUCAGUGUAGAUACUGGGUUUAAAUGUGGAGAAAAAAAGAAAAAAAAAUGUAAAAAAGAAAAUUUUCCUGUAUAUCUCCAUGAUGACGAAAGGUUGCUUCUUCCUGCCUGAUUCAUGUUGUACAAAUGAAUUGCCUGUCGGCACAAAAUCCCAUCCCAGUACUUUGAUCAUGUAGCUUAGUGUAUCAUGCUGACUGAAAACUAUGUUGAAGAGUUGAUUCACAGUGACUGUAUUGUAGCCCAGCUUCAGUCUAUAAUAUAUUUGUUCUUUUGUUUUAAUUAGCAAAUACCUGAGACCACACUAUAUCAAAAGUAGAUACUAGAGAUUUUAUAGUAGAAAUGCUCAGUUAUGCAAUAGCAAAUAUGCACUAGAUGAUUCUGCUGCCUUAUAGUUAGCUUACUGGAUAAUAUAUAUACAGUACUUGGAUAUGCUUCAUAGCGGCAAUAAAUUUUCUUUGUUUUAUCUGACAUUGUGUUUGUUUACUUAGUGUUUAGAUGUGUACUGUGCAAGGAGUCACUUUCACUAAUGAUGCCGGCGACUGUGACAUAACGGCUUUAUUAAUGUCAGCAAUUGAGCGGAUUAUGAACUCAUUUCUAUCAUGUUAAAGAAAAGCUUUUAUACAGUGUUGAUUUUAUUUAGGAGGGAUAUUUGCAGCAGUUGGUUUCAAAACAUUCACAUUCAUGUUGUUUUAUACAACAUGGAAGCUAUGAAUAUUUCAUGUUAACAUGAUCUCACAGAGAAUCUUAUGGCUUGAAGGGAUUUUUAAUCAGGACUGGGUGAUGGAAAGAUAAAGGGAUAGCGAUACGUGAGAUCAGUAUUAGUUAUCAAGCAGCUGUAUGGAAUAAAUGAACAGCCUUAGAAUAUGUUUGGUGUCGUAAGAAGAACGCGUUCGUCAGGUGAAUCGUUAGCUGCUUUGCCAAUCAGAAAGUUCUUUUGGCAUUGGUGGAAAAUCUGAAGUUUUGGAGCCAGUGCCAAUACUUAACAAUCUCAAACAAAUCCCAGUACUUUUUCUGAUGAUAUUGCACUUAAUGUACAUGUAGGAACUGUAAGAACUACAGAUGAACAUGGUUAGACGAUGAAGAAGCUGUUUUUUUUUUUUCUUUUUGUUUACUGUAGCAGUGAUAACGAAACUGUAACUGUACAAUUCAAAGCAUUGACAUUGUUGUUGUUUAUCUUAAGUAUUAUAUCUUGUAUCUUCAGUAUUAUCCUGUUUGCUUUUGUUCUGUACCAGCUGUAUAGUAAUCAACCUGAUGUUAUUUAUUUAAAAAGGUAAUAGACAAUGAUAGAAUCGAAAUGCAAUAAAACGUUGUGAAAAUGUUUGAAGAACCUCAUGAUAUCAGAUAAUAUUUGAGGCUAGCGCUUAACCAAACUGUCAGUUGACACAUCCAAAUGUUUUUACAAUGAAAAAAAGAAUAAAACUAUAAGUUCA